AUGGCAUGCAGUCAAGCUUGUUUAAGGCAUUCUUGGUGUACUUCAUCUAACUUUAAAGAGUCCUCAAGCAAUUGUGAACUGAACAAGCACGAGUUUUCAAUAACUGCAGAUGAUGACACCAAGCUCACCGAUAAUACGGGCAGACGUUUUCAAUGUUUCUUAAGGUGAGUCGAAGAGAGGUUUUUCAACAACGUUAACGUACGCGAUAUAAGAACUGCGCUCAAAUAAAUUUUAACUAAUACACAUAUGUUCUGGUGGAAAAAACAGUAAAUUUGAGUUUUAUUAGGAUGCAUUUAUCAAAAAUGGCAUCCAAAGCGGGGAUAUAUCUUGAAUUGGAGCGAGUCUAACUCUGAGUCCAUUUGCUACCAGUUUCAAUAUGCGACAAUUUUUUAAUGUUAUUGACGGCUAUGUAUUCUUGACUUCAAUUGGUUCAUUUGUUUUUAAAUUACAGUUAAGAAAAAUGUGCAGUGCAAUUCAAAAAUUCAAAGAGAGUCCGUCGAGUUUGUAAUUUAUAGAAAUGUUAUUUUGGUUUCUAAGUUCAAAGUAUAUAUUGUACAGAUAUGAUUUGCACUGCGCCUAAAAAAGGAUCUUGUCAAAAAGUGAGAGAUCAGUACGCACUGCAAGGAUGACAUGAAGUCGAACGUUUUUGCCCUAAAACAUUUGCUAGUGUAAAAAGCUUCAGGAAGUCGAUGGAAAACAACUUUUGCUUACCCAAGUAAAAUGUGAUUUUCUGCAGGGUUGUCUGAUGGCUGGAUGCCUCAACGGAGGUUAUUGUUUAUUCGGCAAAGAAAAAGACGCUUUCGCUUGCUCAUGCAAUCUGCAAUGGAGUAGAGAAAAAUGUGAACUAGGUAAAUUCUUAGUCUUUUUUGUCCCUUAUAAUAAACAUAGAAUAGUGAAAGAGGUGUAUUCCCUGGUAGCAUCUGGUAUCCCGAAUACCAGGGAAAAACUCUAGGCCUCUGCUAACAGGGAAAGAUGUGUAUUGUUUGAAGGAAAAUCACAUAUUUGUCUCUAUCUGGCAAAUGUUUCAGUGGUAUAAAGAAAGUUAAACUGUUGACAGAUCACCAAUUUAAUGAACCUUCUUCUCUGUGACACUGGUAAGUAGCAUUUGGCGUUUACUUUUAUUAAUUUCUUAGCCUCAAAUGUGGAUCGGCCUGGAAUCAGGUUCCUUAGUAGGAAGAAAAAAGCGACUAAUGGUGUGAACAGCUUGCUAUUCGCCCCUUUUCUCCUCUAAGAAGCCUGAUCUAGGCUAAGUCUGGAACCUCAAUGUUUUUCUUGUGAUUUUUCGUUUUCUUUCUCAUGAAGUAUAGGCUCCUGAAGGGUAUUUAUGUCCAAUGCAUGGUUGUGGCCAUUUUUAAAUUUAGGUUCGCCAUCUUGUGUUCCGGCCAUUAGGCUCUACAGCAAAAGCUUUCAGCCAACCUUGCAUUUUGGCGAGUUUCUCCAUCUAAUGGACUAAUUAUAAUCUGUUUUUGUAGACAUUGACGAAUGCGCAAAAAAUACCCACAAGUGCGGUGCCAAUGCCUACUGCAAUAAUACCGAGGGAGGAUACAACUGCACUUGUCAUCCGGGAUAUUACGGAGAUGGAAAGAAUUGUGAACCAGGUGAGAUGGCAGGCUUCGUUUCAACUCAGAAGUUUUUUGAAAAACUAUGUUAGCAGACAAUACCGUUAAAUCACUCAGUGCAAAAAGUACAAUUUACUUGGCCAUUAUUCUAUGAUGAUUAAACGGCGGUAUUUUUAUAUAUAGACAAGAGCCAUGAUUGCUCUUGAUAUAGAAUAUGGACACACAAAAACCAAAAAUGGUUGGGAAGUUAUUUUUGAUAUUAAAGGUAUCUUUUUAAAAGAAUCAUGCUAAAAGUUGAAAUAAGAAGAAAACAAACCAAACGAGAAUGAGAGAAUAAAUUUUGAAACCAUAAGAGAGAAACCAAUUCUCGUCGCUAUGAGCGGGAGUGUUUAUUUUGAUUAAGAGGACUAAUUUUUUCUUCUCAUCUGUUCUUGUAUUAUCGUUUAUCGGUUUUGUAGAGAAUAAUAUCAAUUUAAGCACUGAAGCACACGUACCAACUCCGCGAUUUUCUAUGGUAUGGCCAUUACCUUACGCAUGCGCACAACCAUACCCUGGCAGUGGCAGCUGCAUGGACAGUUGUUUCGUCCUUAUUGGGUGCCGGGAUAUACGCCGAUUAUUAUGCCCGGCUAGACGUCGACCAAAAGAGUUAAGGGAAGUCGCUAGAUCGUGUAGUUUGGGUCAGUUCUGUCUGGUUGUAAUUCGGUUCAAUCGGUUACUUUAAUGUGAAUAUUUAGACUGUGCAUGUCUCUAAUAAUGCUUGUUUUCUUCAAGCUUUACCCCCUUGUUUAUUUUGUUGCAUAGUUUCGUCGUGUAAGGAUCUUUUUGACAAGAAAAUGUGAGUAAAAAUUACAAAGUUUACUUUUUAGGUUCUUAAAAUAACGACAUAAGUCGGUGCAGUUGAAUGCGCCCGAACUGUGCUUGUUUUGCCCGUCUGAGUGAGAUCCAAAUAUAAGUGAUUUAUCAGCUGUCAUUAUGUUAUUUCGAUUGUAAUUGUUCGAAGUUGUUCCCGGUAAAUGCGAUGAUGGUGGUGUCGUAAGUAAACCUUCAGCUUACUAGCUACCUUCAAUUGAGUCCCCCAGCUACUCUCCUACGCAGUUCUUGUGUCUUGUGUUCUUCUGUCUUCCUUGACUGACGAACUUAAUUAGUCAUCACUGCAAGAGCAAGAAAACUAUUAUUAAUUGAUGCUUCACUGUUUUAUUUAGUCGCUUUGCCCUUUCCUAGUGAAUUUUGUCUUAACACCUUCAAGACCACGACGUCCCACAGCAUGAUACCAUGACAUACAUCCUUUUACCAGCCACUUUUGUUGAUGCCUACAAUUACUAUUUAUUGCCCGUUGUAUACCUGUGAAAAAGUUCUUCGACUACCGCUAUCAUAUCUCCGUCUUUGCCAGUGUAUAAAACCAUAGAUAAAUAGCCUGCGUAGCGCUUCAGUUCGGAGCUGAAAAAAUUGAAAUGAGAUUUCAUUUUGUACAGGUUAAACGUGACUCAGUUGGUCACUCUCCUCCUUGACUCCAGACCAGUUUCACUUGUCUGUCACUUUGGAAAUGUUGGAUGCGGAGAUGGAGGAUGGACACCGGUCAUGAAAAUGGACGGCAACAAGGUAAAACAUUUGUGUACGUUUUCCCUUAGUUUGGCGAAAAAAAUGUGUUAUUAAUAAUUAAAUACAGGUUUGCCUCUGUCAGUGGUAAUUUUCAAUUAUCCUAGCCUGCGAAUACAGCCGUUUCUCCUUGCUCCUCGUUGCUAGGGACGUUUCAUCAGGAGGAACGUCUGCACCUCAGCGACAGAAAUUCCAUACUAAUGACGUAAAAUUGUAAAAUUUUCUGGGGCAGCAUAACCCCAGCCUCCAAGUUUGAGACGUCUUCGGCGCUCUAACUUUUCUUCUCGUUGGUACAUGCUAAGUCCCUGGAUCUGAAAGAUUUAAGUAUUAAGAACACCUUUAAGCUUCUGGAAUAUCUCGGUCAGUAGCAGAGGUCAUCCGCCCUUCCUGUCAGACGAUAUGAAGGUUUUCAUCAAAACACAGAAGCCUGGUCUAUGUACUAACGAAUACGUGAGAGUUAAAGAUAAUUAUAUUCAAUUCGGCAUUUUUUUAAUCGCAUCAACGAUUAAGAGUGCAGUAUUUGUUUACUUUGUAUUCCAUCGGUGACCAUUAAGGCCAUUUCGCCAGCUGUGGCUAACUUCAUUUUAUAAAGCUGGAGAAGCGAGGACGUUCCAGAUAUUCUUUCCAUUGUAAUGGAUCUUUCACUGCAAAAUCUUUUUUUCUUCUUCUCCGGUAAGGAUGUUGUCUUUAGAAGAAAUAAUCCUUAAUUUUAACUUUUCUUUUUAAAGGACAGUUUUCCUAUUUCUUCCUCCUUUCUACCAUAGCAAACUUUUCACUACAAUUCCGACCUCUGGAGCAACAACAAAACAUUCAAUCUUGAUUGA